GGCAGAUGCUGAGAAAUGGUCCGAGAUUUGUUUCUUUACUCGUGUCCUUUGGAUGCAUUUUAUUUGAAGAUGAUGCUUUAGUUUUACGCAUCAGGCGCAAUAAAGCUGAAAUAAUAAGCAACCGCAACGGCCCAUCAUUAAAAGCCACUCGCAUUAACAGCGCGUGAGGACGGAUAGGCCAGAGCAGAGACUGCAUUUUUCAUGCCUUUUAGCUUUGUUUCUUCUGUCCUACUCGCAGCACUCUUCUCUCUCAUUUCUCGUGCUUCUAUGGCGACGAAAGACCCAGAAUCUGUUUACGAUAUAAGCAUCGAGGAUGCAAAUGGAAACAGCUUAGAACUCAGUCAAUACAAAGACAAAGUUCUUCUAAUUGUCAAUGUCGCUUCCAAAUGUGGGAUGACGAACUCUAACUACACUGAAUUGAAUGAGCUUUACAACAAGUACAAAGACAAAGGUCUGGAGAUUCUAGCAUUUCCUUGUAAUCAAUUUGGUGAAGAGGAACCUGGAACUACUGCCCAAAUUACAGAGUUUGUCUGUACACGCUUCAAAUCUGAGUUCCCCAUUUUCAACAAGAUUGAAGUGAACGGAGAGAAUGCUUCCCCUCUUUAUAAGUUCUUGAAAAAAGGCAAAUGGGGAAUCUGGGACGAGAUUCAGUGGAACUUUGCCAAGUUUCUUGUUGACAAGAAUGGUCAAGCUGUUGAACGUUACUACCCAACUACUUCUCCUCUUACACUAGAGCAUGACAUCAAGAAGCUUCUGAACCUCUCAUGAAUGGUGGUGUUAUCCGAUUCACUCUGUUGAUAACUCUACUUUGGUCGUGACUCGUGAACUUGUCAUGUAAUAAAGCAAAAUCACAUUUGACUUUGGUUCCAAUUUGUUCUGUUUACGUUUCACAAAUCCAAACCGGUUGCACUCA